AUGCCGGCGAAGAAAGCCAAGCGAUCGAUCAUCGUCGACGCGAUCCAGCGUGGCCACCUGUCUAUCCUCCAGGCGUUCGGCCAGGAGUUGUCCCAGGUCUUCGCAACCGAGGUUUUGCCGAAGCUCGAUAUCAAGGACACCCUCUCGCUCGCGAAGGUGAACAAGGCGUUCAACGCGGCGGUAUGGAACGAGCACGGAGUCGCGUGCAUGAAAGACAAGAUGAAGGUAAAUGAAACUCAGAUAUCUCCGAUGCUCUGGGCAGCCAGCGUUGGCAACCUUUCGGCGGUGAAGGCACUCGUAAAGGCUGGACAAGACCUGGAUGAGACGGGGAUUUUCCAUACGGUGAAUUGUGUGUGCUGCGGCGAGCUCGUUCAGUAUCCCAAGCAGACUAUGUUGCAGGUCGCCACUAGAUGUGGUCAUGCAGAGGUCGUUGCAUUCCUUAUCCAAGCUGGAGCUGAUGUGAAUAUCCUUUGUGGAAUAGAAUCAAGGUCUGCGUUACUGGAAGCUUGCCGUCAGUGCGCGUUGAAGUGCGCGAGGUUGUUGAUCGAAGCAGGUGCCGAUGUAAAUACGACGGACAAGUACAUGUCAACGCCGCUGAUUUCGGCCUCUCUAUCACAUACAAAAAAUCCCCUCGUGCAAAUGCUAAUUGAUGCGGGUGCGAACGUCAAUCACUCAUCCGCCGAAACCGAAACGAUGAUGUUGCGCGAUGAUGGCGACACAGCUUUGCACCGCGCGGCGCGUUACGGCAUCGGAGAGACAGUGACAGCACUUCUCCAGGCUGGUGCGCAUGUCGACGCAAAAAGUUCGACCGGCAAGACAGCGCUAUGCUACGCUGCUCUGUCCAAGGAGCUCGUCAUCUUUAAGGAGCUGAUGAAGUGGGGAGCUAGUGCGUUACCUCUCGCUCUCGACUAUGCAAAAUGUCAUGUGGAACUCGAGGCUUUCAAAGAUGAUGAGACUGACUCUGAGUAG